GCGGGAGGAGGAGGGAGGCGGAGGAGCGGCGCUGGCGGGGCCUGGCCCGGCCGGGUCGGCGCGUCUGCUUCUCGGCCCGCACCGCGGGCAGGCGGCGAGCCGGCCGCGGCGGCCGCAGGUGGAUGCCCGCGGCCCGGCAUGGAGCAGGCCUGCGAAGUGAGCCGCCGCAGCUGCCUCGUCCCCUUCGGCACCUCGCUGGCGGCAGCCGAGGCCAAGGGCGGCCCCGAGCCGCCCGCCAUGCAGCUGGCGGCCGCCAAGCCCGUGUACGGCCAGGAUCCCUCGUCCUGCUACAUCCCUCUGCGCCGGCUGCAGGACCUGGCCUCCAUGAUCAACGCCGAGUACCUCGGCGGCGCUGCCGACGGUGCUGAGGCCCUGCCCGACCCCGACUCGCCUCCACCCCGCCUCCCCGCUGCGCAGGACCCGGCGGCCGGCGUCGACGGACCCGGACCGGCGGCCGAGGCACCCCGCGGCGCCUUGGCCUUCCCUCUGCUCCUGCGGGACGACGGCGGAGAGGAGGCAGAGGAGGAGGGCACUGAGACGCCGGAGGAGGAGGACGAAGACGACGACGACGAGGACUACGAGGAAGAAGACGAGGUGGACGCAGAGGAGGAGGAGGAGGAGGUGGCCGAGUCCGUCUCCCGGAGCCGAGGCCGCUCCGGGCCGAAGCAGGGCCCCGGAAGCCCUCCGCCGCCACUCUUGCAGCCGGUCGAGCCGGUGCCGAUUACGGUACCGGACGGCGACCCAGGGGAGAAGCCAGAGCCUUCUGCCGCGGCCCUGCAGCUCAUCCAAGCCAAGAAGAAACCUACUCCAGUGAAGUAUGAAGUUGGGGAUCUUGUUUGGGCCAAGUUCAACAGGCGCCCAUGGUGGCCAUGCACAAUUUGUCAUGACCCAGUGCUGGACUGUCACUCAAAAAUGAAAGUUUCCAAUCGGAGACCGUACCGAGAGUACUACGUGGAUGCCUUAGGAGAGCCUUCAGAGAAAACCUGGGUUGCUGGGAAAGCUAUUGUCCUCUUUGAAGGAAGACAUCAAUUUGAAGAGCUGCCUGUUCUUCGGAGAAGAGGAAAGCAGAAGGAAAAAGGCUACAAACAUAAGGUUCCUCAAAGAUUUAUGGCUAAAUGGGAGAGCAGUGUUGGACAGGCAGAAGACAUUCUUCUUGGAGGGCCAGAAGAUCAGAAGUCCAGCCAGAACUCCAGCGAGCUGGACAGUGAGAAGGAAGUGCAGUUGGAAUAUUAUACCAAUGGCCCUGGAGCUGAAGGGGACAGGCAGCUCAAUGGCUGUUUUAAGUCCUUGACUUUAGACUCCAGACACCCAGUCAGGGAAAAAGGAAAACUACACAUUAAGCCACACAUGAAAAAAGGCUCUGACAGCAGAAAAAGGACUAGAGUAAAAAAGAGUGGUGCAAGAGGGGAAGCUUCUGCUGGAGAACUCAAAGAGAAAACAACAGAGAGCUUAGUUAGAAACAUGAUGAUUGGGGACCUACCAGACAAACACGCGUCUCACGAGCUUCGCCGGAUUGCCAACAGUUUAACAGACUCCAGUAGCACCAGGGAGAACCAUUUGCUUUCCUCCUUUGGAGAAAGACGUUUUGAAAAGACAGCUUUGAAACCGGACUAUGAGAAUUGUAAAAGUGAUGCUCUGAAGAACAAUCUCCAAGGGGAUUUGUUUUCAAGCGCGUCUUUGGAAAGGGAAAAGAGCUCCCUGGGCAUUUUGUGCAGUUCCAAAUUGCAGAUACACUAUUCUGCAUCUGAUGCUGGUAUUGAGAAAAAACAGACUGAAUCUGAUUCAUCCUCUUCCCUCUCAGAUGGUGGGAACAGUGACGUAGAUACCAUGGACCAAAGUUCAGAGAGAGCUUCUAGUGCUCUUGAAGUUAGUGAUUCUUCAGAUAAGGUGGAGAAGGAAUUUCCUAUGACGUCAAGUGGAAACAUCAAGCUUUCCAUGUAUCUUUCUCAGAAGAGCAACAGAAGGGCCAGGAAGAAAUCGCACAGAGACCGCAAAUCUCUGGGCGGUUCAGUAAUCAGCAGACUUGAUGCUGAGUUUGCAGAUGGGGAGCUUGAAGUGGGCUUCUCUGAUGCUGAGAUGUCAUUGACAGCUCUUGAGUGCUCUUCAGAUGUGAGAAAUGACAAUCUUUCCCCAGCAAACAAGCACACUACUCCUCAAAGUGUUUCCAAGGACAGCUCCUGGCCUGCUGUUGAAAAUCAAGCAAUCUUAAAACCGAAAAGCACGAAACUGUCCCGAAUCAGGAGUAUAAAAUGCAAACAUAAAGAAAAAGUUGCUGGGUUGGAGCCUCUUCUUGCAGAAGAGGAGGGUGGUGCGAAUCGCUGCUCUUCUGAUACCAAAGGUUUAUCUGGCCUUCAGAGAGAUUCUCUUCAGAGCAGCGGAAAAGCUGAUGGUCAGAAACUGUUAAACAACACGCAUGAGAAACCCAGGGAUUCUGCUGAAAUAGAAACAGCCGUGGUGAAACACGUCUUGUCAGAGCUGAAGGAGCUGUCUUACCGGUCCAUGAACGAUGAUGCCAGUGACUCUGGCACUCCAAAGGCCUCAGUACCUUUACUUUUCUCUUCUGCCUCUGGUCAUGGUCGUUUGCCUAUUGAGCCAGACUACAAAUUCAGCACCUUGUUAAUGAUGUUGAAGGAUAUGCAUGACAGUAAGACGAAAGAGCAGCAACUGAUGACUGGUCAAAAUAUAGUUCCGUUUCGAAAUACCAGCACAGCUGAUGGUUCUGGAAGCAAUUCUGCGAGUGGUCUGAAGUCCUUGUCUAUUGUAGGUCCCUCAUAUAAAAUCGAAAAAAAUGGAGAUUGUGUCCAGGAAACAGUAAAUCCAAACUCGGCUCUAAGCAACUCCUCAUUUUCACGCAGUCCUCCAACCAAGUUGACGGGGAUUGGUGCUGGUAAAAGGGAGCCCGCGAGUACUGCUGUUUCGGGGACAAAAGGCACCAAUUGUGUGUCCAAACGCAACUGUUCAAAAUCUAAGCAGUCAUCAAAGCUUGGAGAUAAAACAGUUUCAAACAGAAAGGACUUAAAACCAGGAGGGCCAAGUAAGUUACUAAGUCGGUUAUCCAGAGGUUCAGGAGAACGUGCAUUCCGCGUUCACGGUUCGGUUACCAGUCCUCUAGGUAAUGGAGCAGAAGAUACUGAGAGGAAACAGUCAACAGAGUCUGUUGGUUUAAGAGAACAUUCAACUGAUGAAGACUCUGCCUGUUUAUCUGAUGACAAUUUAGAUCGUAUUGGAAGGAGACCUGAAGCUGGUAGAAAUAUUGAGAGCUGCAUUUCUACUGCAAAUGGGGAGAGUCCAGACUUGGAUUCAGAGGCAAAUAGUGAGAGCUCUCUUGGUGAUGAGUCUAAUGAUGUAAAUCACGUAGCACCCAAAAAGCGAUGGCAGCGUUUUAACCAAAGCAGUGCUAGAUCUAAUAAGCACACCAGUAGAUCUAGGGAACAAGGAAACUUGGAGAGUGCCUUUGGCCUGAAUUCUCGUGGCUUUUCACGGAAGGGAAAUGAGUGCUUGGGACGUAGGCAUUCCCCUCAUACAAAGGUGCUUGAGGGAGACCUUGCAGAUCAGGACUGUAAGAAUCAUUUAGACUUAGCUGAGAAACGUUUGAAUGUAUGUGGUAAGCCAAACAACAGUGUGAUGGACUCAGAAACAGAGCUUGGCAACUUUGCUCCCCAGUCUGAAUUCUCUGCACAAGUACAUUCAGAGAGGAAACGCCUUAGAAAGCCAAGUAAACGGCUUCUGGAAUAUGCAGAAGAAUAUGAUCACUUAUUUGCACCCAAGAAAAAAUCAAAGAAGGGCCAGGAGCAAGCGCAAAAGGUGAACUCUGUGGUGAGGUCUGAGUUUGAAGGAGGUCUUCCUGCACAGUGCAGUCCUGACAGAGCUACCCAGCGGGGGCCCAGUCCUUUGGUUUCAACUCCAUCUUCAACCAAAGAGUCCCCUCCCAUCCUUGAAGCAGAGUGCUCCUUAUCAGAACUAGGAUCCCAGUCCACUAAUCCCACUGAUCAACUUCUAGAAGGACCUUCAGAAUCUCUGGAGCUGGUGCUGUGUUCCUCAGAUGCUUCUGAAGUUUCUGCUUCUCCAGAUGCAGAAGAGAGAUUUGUGAAAUCAGGAAACUUCGAAAGCAAGCGUCAGAGGAAGCCCACCAAAAAGCUCUUGGAAUCCAAUGAUUUGGACACUGCCUUUAUGCCAAAGAAGGAGGAGUGGACUCCCCCAAAGAAGGGUACUGGCCUUUCAGAGAGCGACAGCUCUGAGCUCUACUCACCAGCCCACUUGUCAGACCUGGGAGAAGCUUCUGAAAAACUCUUGGAGAAGCAGCGGAAGCGGAAGAGACAGCGCCAUACAUCUACUGCAACGCAUUCCAAGAAGGAGAGAAAUGAGGAGGGGCAGGGGGAGACCCCACACUCUGAGGGGGAGACAUCAGUUCAUGGGACUGCUGCUAGCCCCAAAGAGGGAAAUGAAGAGGGGUCAGAGAACGACCAUGGCGUGCCUUCAUCUAAAAAGAUGCAGGGGGAGCGUGGAGGAGGAGCAGCUCUCAAGGAGAACGUGUGUCAGAUCUGUGAGAAGCCAGGGGAGCUGUUGCUGUGUGAGGCACAGUGCUGUGGUGCGUUCCACCUGCAGUGCCUUGGGCUCUCCGAGAUGCCAAAGGGCAAAUUCAUCUGCAAUGAGUGUUCCACAGGGGUCCAUACCUGCUUUGUGUGCAAGAGCUGCGGGGAAGAUGUAAAGCGGUGCUUGCUGCCCCUCUGUGGGAAGUACUACCAUGAAGCCUGCAUACAGAAGUAUCCACCCACAGUCAUGCAGAACAAGGGCUUCCGAUGCUCCUUGCACAUCUGCAUGACUUGUCACGCUGCUAACCCAACAAACAUCUCUGCAUCUAAAGGCCGCCUGAUGCGCUGUGUGCGGUGUCCUGUUGCGUACCACUCCAACGACUUCUGCCUCGCUGCUGGCUCCGUCGUGCUCGCCUCCAACAGCAUCAUCUGCCCCAAUCACUUCACUGCACGACGGGGCUGCCGCAACCACGAGCACGUCAACGUCAGCUGGUGCUUUGUCUGCUCAGAAGGGGGCAGCCUCUUAUGCUGUGAGUCGUGCCCGGCUGCAUUUCACCGUGAGUGUCUAAACAUUGAGAUGCCAGAGGGAAGCUGGUAUUGUAAUGAUUGCAAGGCAGGCAAAAAGCCACACUACAAGGAAGUAGUCUGGGUGAAAGUUGGGCGCUACAGGUGGUGGCCAGCUGAGAUCUGCCAUCCUAGGACAAUUCCUGUCAACAUUCAGAAAAUGAAACAUGACAUCGGUGAGUUCCCUGUGCUGUUCUUCGGCUCCAAGGAUUACCUGUGGACCCACCAGGCCCGUGUGUUCCCUUACAUGGAAGGUGAUGUGAGCAGCAAAGACAAGAUGGGAAAGGGCGUGGAUGGCAUAUACAAGAAAGCUCUUCAGGAAGCUGCAGUAAGAUUUGAAGAGUUGAAGGCACAGAAAGAACUGAGACAGCUUCAGGAAGACAAAAAGAAUGACAAGAAACCUCCUCCCUACAAACACAUCAAGGUGAACCGGCCGGUGGGUAAGGUUCAGAUCUUCACCGCAGACCUGUCUGAGAUACCACGCUGCAACUGCAAACCGACAGAUGAAAACCCCUGUGGCCUGGACUCGGAGUGCAUCAACCGCAUGUUGCUCUAUGAAUGCCACCCCCUGGUGUGCCCCGCUGGGGAGCGCUGCCAGAACCAGUGCUUCUCCAAGAGACAGUAUCCUGAGGUACAGAUUUUCCGCACACUGGCACGAGGCUGGGGCUUACAAGCCAAAACAGACAUCAGAAAGGGUGAAUUUGUUAAUGAGUAUGUUGGGGAGCUAAUUGAUGAGGAGGAGUGCCGAGCCCGAAUCCGCUAUGCUCAGGAGCAUGACAUCACCAAUUUCUACAUGUUGACACUGGAUAAGGAUCGAAUCAUUGAUGCCGGGCCAAAGGGCAAUUACGCUCGGUUCAUGAACCAUUGCUGCCAGCCAAACUGUGAGACUCAGAAGUGGUGUGUGAACGGCGACACACGGGUUGGGCUCUUCGCAAUUGUAAAUAUCAAAGCUGGGACUGAGCUGACUUUCAACUACAAUCUGGAGUGUUUGGGAAAUGGAAAGACCGUUUGUAAAUGUGGUGCCCCAAAUUGCAGUGGCUUCCUAGGAGUACGGCCAAAGAGCCAGCCCAACCUCAAUGAGGAGAAGUCCAAGAAGCUCAAGAGACGGCCGCAGAUGAAGCGCAGGUCGCAGGCAGAGGUGAUGAAGGAGCGAGAGGACGAGUGUUUCAGCUGCGGGGACGGAGGGCAACUGGUUUCUUGUAAGAAGCCAGGCUGCCCCAAGGUGUACCAUGCAGACUGCCUCAACCUGACCAAGAGACCUGCAGGAAAAUGGGAGUGCCCAUGGCAUCAGUGUGAUGUUUGUAGUAAGGAAGCAGCUUCCUUUUGUGAGAUGUGCCCCAGGUCCUUCUGCAAGCAGCACCGGGAAGGCAUGCUCUUCAUCUCCAAGCUGGAUGGACGUUUAAGCUGCACAGAGCAUGAUCCCUGUGGUCCUAACCCUUUAGAGCCAGGAGAAAUUCGUGAGUUUGUGCCUCCCAUAGAAGACCUGACUAAUGAUGAGGAAACCCAGCCACCGGAGCAGCCACCUGCAGACACAGACCUGAGCGUUCAGCCUCUGGACAGCCUACCUCAGUCUGUGGCCCUCAGACUGCAGUCACCAGAAAAGCCCCCCGCUACCUUAGCGUUAAGGCUGCCGUCGUCAGACAAACCCCCCACCACCCUAGCCCUGAGGCUGCAGCCGUCAAACAAGCCCCCUACCACGCUGGCCCUCAAGCUGCCUCCACCAGACAAACCACCCGCUGCCCUGGCGCUGAGACUGCCACCAUCAAAUAAACCCCCCACCACCUUGUCACUGAGGCUGAAGCCAUCCAACAAACCCCCCACCACCCUGUCACUCCGGCUGCAGCCUUCAGACAAACCUCCCACCACCCUGUCACUCCGCCUGCAGCCGGCUGACAAGCCCCAGGCUGCCCUGUCCCUAAGGCUGCAGUCAGAGAAGCAGCCCAUCAUCUUAGCACUGAAGCCUCAGCAGCCUGACAAACCUCCCACCAACGCGGUGCUCUGGCCACUGGACGAGUCCUCCAGUGAUGCCUCACAGCCUCAUCUGCCCAGCACAUCCCCAGGAUCUCCUCAGUCAUCAGACGAGUCACUGGUUACUGCUGGUACCCUGCAGCUCCAGCUGUCAGAUGAGCCUCCUGCCACCCCUGGAGUUUUGGCGUUACCAGACAAGUCUCUCCUUGACACCGGGAGCCAGCAGCCAGAGCUGCUGGAUGAGUUCCCUGCUGAAUGCCUGCAUCCUCAGCUAUCAGACGGACAUCUCGCCACAGCAGGGACCCUGCAGUGCCAGCCAGUGGAUGAGCCUCCUGUGGCUGAGCAGAUUCAGCUGUUGGACAGAGCUUCUGCCCAGAGUCUGCAGCCUCAGUCUGUGGAGAAGGCUCCCAGCUCUGUGGUGUCACAGGUGCCAGCACUGGAGAUGGCUCCAGCUCCUGGGGUGCUGUGGCCUCUGCCCAUUGAAAAAGUCCCUGGCUCUGUGGUCUCACAGAUCCUGCCCAUGGAGAAGGCUUCUGGAUUGGUUGUUCCACGGCCCCUGCCUACAGAGGCUUCCUUCUCCGGGGUAGUGCGAGUCCCGGUCACGGAGAAGGCUCCGAGCUCUGAUGCAUCCCGUCCCCUACCUCCAGAGAAGGCUCCUGCCUUGGGUGUCUCACGGACCCUACCCACAGAGAAGGCUCCCAGCUUAGCGGCACCAUGGCCCCUGCCUCUGGAGAAGGCCGCUGGCUCCCGGUCACCGCACACCCUGCCCAUGGAGAAGGCUCUUGGCUUAGGGGCCCUGCGCAUCCCGCUCACACAGAAGGCACUCACCCCUGGGGUGCUGCGGCCGCUGCCUCCGGACAAGGCUGCCGAGACGGGGGCCCUGCGGGUCCUGCCCCCAGAGAAGGCUCUCGGCUCUGGGGUGGCUCGGCCUCAGCUCCUGGAGAGGGCUCUCACUCUUGCAGCCCCAUGGCCCCAGUCGUCGGACAAGCUGGCUGCUGCCGUGGCUCCUCGGCCUCAAGUUGUGGACAAGCCUCUGGCUGUGUCGGCUCCGAGGCUGUUGCUGUCGGAGAAGGCGCUGCGGCCUGUCGACCAGAAUGCUCAGCUGAAGGAGAGAGGAGCCCCAGCGGUGGAGCUCAGUCCCCAGCAGAAGGAGAGGACUAUGUUAGCAGGUGAGCAGAUCUCUUGGUCUGCUGGGAAGGCAGUGCUGCAUGUCGGACAGGUACCUUGGCCUACAGAGAAACUCCAGAUGCAUGAGCAAACCCACUGGCCCACUGCAAAAGCCCUGACGCCUGCAGAGCAGCCCCCCAGGACAGCAGAGAAGCUACCGGAGCCAACCCUUCAACCCAGCUGGGAAGUGGCCUCAGCCCCAGCAGAGCAAACCCCUUGGACAUCAGAGAGAUUGUGUGUGUUUGAGCAGACCCCUCGGCCAGCCAGGGAAGCGCCAGUGCCCCCGGAGCAGAUGCAGUGGCUUAUCACGAACGUUCAGACUAUUGACCAGAUUUCUUGGCUGAGUGGAAAAUCACAGACUCCUCGGGGGCAGGACCCUUUGCCUGAACAAAACACAGCGCUAGCCCAUACCCAGGAUUCUGUCUGUCGUGAGUUGGCCAACUCAGAGCCAAAGUGAGGUUGGUGAAUAUGGGAGGCAGGUUUCAGUCUUUCAAUGUUUAGGGAGGGGGAAUCUUUAUUUUGGUCUUUUGUUUUUUAUUCACUUCCCUGAGCCCGGUCCCUAACCCAUGCACAUCCCAUCCAUAUUCUCCUGUGACACGAGCAAGGACGUUCUCUUAAGUCUGAGUGUGGCCCAGCCAAAGGAAGAGAGCAUCUGUGACCUUUUCCUCUUCCUUUUGCAAAUGGUAAAGCUGAAAUAAAGAGUCCGCUCUGGGUAAAAAUCUCCAGUUCCAUUGAAAUGGUCACAUUACUGAUGCAGCGUGUUCGAGCUCCAAGUCCGAUUCACAGGCGGGUUCCCAGGUACAGCCAGGGGCCUUGCUCUUUUUCCUGUAUUUAGAGUCAGGCUGCCCUGGGAGCAGAGCUGUUUCGGGAUGAGGCGGUGAGCAGUCAGGUGUAUGUAUGCUCUUGCUAGAUUCUGUAGCAACAGAGAAGGGGUUUAUCCAUCGUCUGCCCAGGUCUCUGUCCCUGCAGGGUGUUGCUUUGUGAGGUUUGUCCUUAUGUUCACUGGGAUGUGCUGUGUGCGUGGUUCACUGACGGACAGUUGCCAUCUGCAGUGGAGCUGGGAGAGGAGCACGCUGCACUCAGUGCAGGUUACUCCAGCAAUAGACAGCAUCUGUUCAGGCUCCAUUGUACACAGCUGCAAGUGGCCAGGCCUGAGAAACGGAGAAUUUGAAGGAGACCAGGGAAAAGAGAGAUCUUGGAAGAAGUCAUCUGGCAGUUUCUUCAUCCUUGUGUCUUAAACACAGGACACAUGGAGUGUUUCCUGCACUUGAAAACAUUGCGACCUAUAAAGCAGCAAUAGCAGAGUAGGGCAGAGUGGGUUUCCCCAAGGUGCUAAGCACCACCGCGGCAGGGUGGUGGUGCUCCCUUUCAGAUUCCCAUCCAGUCUCUUCUUGACUUGUGUCGUCACCGUGAGCCAGCAGACUGAGCAGUCUUUUCUCCCCUUGCCCCAGACGCUUUCAAGACGUGUUCACAUCGUACCUGGUCUUCGCAGCAGCAGGACAUGCUGCCGAGCUGCAGAUGAAGCCUGUACCGUUCGCUACGCAGUGUGGAGGCAAGGGUGCUGUAGCUGUAUCAAGACCCAUCUCGACACCAUCCCCUUGGGUAGCUUCUGGUUUAACUCUUCUACAACCAAAGGAGACUUGAAUUAACUGGACUGUGUUUGUGUCUGUAUGAGUGUGUGUGUGUGUGUGUCCUUCCAACUGAAUAGUUCUCACACUGGAACACGGGGGGCUCCAGCAGCUGGCUGGCUUUCUUCUUUGCUCUUCUCCCUUUUCCAGUUAAGGAGAUGCUUAGUACCUGGUGGUCAUCAUGCUGGUGCCCAGACUAGGCCUGCUGCAAGCUGUUCAUUCAAGCAUUGAAGCAGAAGUUCACUCAGCCAUGGUACUCGUGGGACAAGCAGUAGAGUCCCAGGGACCUGCAGAGUGGCACCUUGCAACUUCCAGCACCCACACAGGCAGGAGGAGGAUGGACUUGGCCUCCCUGGUGGCACUGCUUGGGCUGGAUGGGGCUGGUGCGUGCCAAGGAAGCGCUGCUGACCAGCACACUCUCCCACUCUCCCAACGCAUUACCUCUGUGGCUUGCCUGAGCUCCGCCGAUCCAGGCACUGCAGCUUUGGAUCUCCGUGCCCACCACCAGACCCUUGUGCAGCUCCAGUGUAUCCUUGUCCUUCCAGGCUGAUCUGCGGGUCCCUCUCUGGAAACAGGAGCACUAGCUCCAGGCUGACCCUCUCCCUCUGACGUGGGAGCAGAUCUUUGUUCCCACCUGGCUUGCAAGUGCCUGCUGCUCCCAGAGCAGAUGGUCACGAGCUUUGUGGUUUACUAUGAAGGGAGGCAGCCGCUUGUACCGAGACAAAUCCCGAUCCAUUCUCCUUUCCUGAUGUACGCACCCCAAGACAAAUGUCCUGCUGUUAAAGCCCGGGUGCGCCGGGCACGAAGGGACAUCACCAGUGCUAUGAUGCAUCUCUUCUCUAGUCCAAAUCAUUUCAGAUCCUUGUAGAAUAGCUAGUGACUUCAAACAGCUUUAUGGCUUAUGGAAACUUCCUGUUUGAUGUUGGGUUUUUCUUCUGGGAAGACUGGCAGGUCAGUUCCUGCUUGCUGCUGAAAGUGGGGAAAUGCAAGCAGCUUGCAUUUCUGCGUGACUCCUGCACGAAGGGAAUCAGGACAACUCCUCAGAGAGAGAAGAGAAAUCUAAGGGCAUUCAUUAACUUUUUUUAAACAAAAUUUAAAAAGAGAAAAAAAAAAAAAGGCGCUGAUGUUCGGUCUCUGCAGUAUUUAUCAUGUGUGAGAAGGAAAAUAAACCUUGACUUUUCCUUUAUAGGCCUUCCCGUGAGCUGGACUUUAGUCAUGUAGAUUGUGUCAGUAGGGUUACCUCCGUGCCAGCUGCCUAGCCGGCUCCAGCUGUAACCAGAAAGGUUUCUGCGCUGCUCUGUCCACCUCCGCUUCGCAUUGUCACGUGUUCUCUAGUUCCUUGUCCCAUGAAAAACAAAAUAAACUGUGAAUAUUUUUGGUGCAGGCUUUUUUAAAUCUGUCAAA